AUGUGUCGGGAUCAGGGAAUGGCAAUCGCACCAUGGGCACCGCUUGGCCAGGGCAAAUUCAAGUCCUCGGAGGCGCGUAGUAGCGACAGCGAAGGCGGCUGUGGGCGAGCAUCUAAUAUGAGCGAGCAUGAUAUCCAAGUAUCUGAUGCGCUGGAAAAGGUCGCUAAACGAAAGAAUACUACUCUCCAUGCGGUUGCUCUAGCGUAUGUGAUGCAUAAGACGCCUUCCGUUUUCCCCAUUGUCGGUCAACGGAAAGUUGAGCAUCUCAAGGCUAAUGUAGAGGCUUUGAGUGUAAGCCUCUCUGACGAGGAUCUGGCCGAAAUCGACAAUGCAUCCUCGUUCGAUAUCGGAUUUCCAAUGAACUUCAUUUUCCGCGAUUCUUAUACGACGAAUAGCACUGCCGCUGAUGUCUCUUUUACUCGGGUGUCAGCUCAUAUUGAUGCACCUCCUAAUCCUUCCCCCGUGCGGCCUCGUCGUCACCUGGUAUAA